UUUCCCCGCCACUUCCCGGCUCAUUACUGGCUCUUAGGGGAAGGCUCAUUCAGACCUUGCUUACAAAUCAUAACUUGAAAUUAUUAGGUUGGCCAACAUCACCAAAAUGAAUGUGUCAACAUUGUCAUAAAAAACACAGCUGGAUGAGAAGCUAAUCUUUGUUCAUACUUUUCAAACCUACUAUGCUUUUUCAGUGUAUAUGCUUUUAAAGUCUGUAUUAAUGUUUACAUUUUAAGUCAAAUUUCCAACAGACUAAAUAGGCAACACUGCAUGUAACCAGUUGAUCACUGGGUGGAUGAUGGGGAAAUUCAGAAGGGGUGUAGGGAAAUUUCUGCCUUCUUUCUAUUCACUUGAAAUGAAAGGGGGUUGGGCACACCUCAGGGCUGGCCCUAGACCAAAUGGUGCCCCAGGCAAAGAACAUCUUUGGUUCUCCCCACCCCCGCCAUUUGUUAAACUUUUGAACACCUUUUUUUUAAUUGCAUUUGUAGCCCAUUUCAUGAGUUUGAUGCAUUAUUUGCAUGCAUGAUUUAUCCCAGUCAUAUAAGACGAUAAGUUUGCACGCUAGGCUCCAUAAAUGCAGGUCUCAGAAAGUCUGGAAGGUUCCACGAGAUUCUACGAAGGUCCAAAACAUUCUAGGAGGUUAAUGAAAAACGAAUCCAGGCACGGAGUACCUGAAACAUGUUACUUCAAACAUGCUAUUUUCCCUUUCCCCGCUAACAAAAACAGCCCCCCAUCCCCCCGAGCCCGGCAGCCCCCCCGGCCGUCACCUGCCCCUAAAUCUGACACUGCCUGACCCCAAGGUUUAAUCCACGCCCAGACGCGGAUGCUGAUGGGCUGAGCGAGUCUGUGGGGAGAACCGCCAAGGCAUGGAGUUCAGUUCCACCCCCCAGCCCAGUCAGCACUCCUGCGGCCCCUGGACACAGAACGCUCCUUCCCGCUCAGACCGUCCAACAGUUGGAGCUGGCUGCACCUCUGGCGCGGUUGCCAACUGUGGUCCGACGUAUUCCUGGAGCUUUCACUGGACGACAUCAUCUUUAAUUCCUGGACACUCCCGGACACUCCUGGAGGGUUGGCAGCCGCAGGACAGGGCGGGGCCUCCCCCGCGGGAAUGCAGUUUCUCUCGCUUGUUGGGGGAUCACCCGGCCCUGGCGGCGCCGCCACUGCCCCGGCCUGGUGCGGGAGGCUGCGCAAUCCGCCCCCCUGCAGCCUCUGCCCGGACGCUGACAGAGGCUGCUGACUGGCGAGCGCCGGCGACCCCUGUCCAGCCCCCUGUUUGUGCUAACGGCGCUUCACCGGCUAGCGACAGCCCGGCCACGCGCGGGUCCCGGCUCUGUGGGCAGCGCUUCACGCACGGCACCGCCCCGGGCGCGUGGUGCUCGCGGUCAGUGGAGCCCCGCGCGCCCCGCCCACGCCCCAGCCCGGCAGCGCGAGGUAUUACCUCAGCGCGGCCGCCUUCCCACUCCCCCCGCCUGCAGCCGGAGGCGCGCGCCCGGGCCCCAGCUGACUCCCCCCUCCCUCGGGGAGCGGGCCGGGAGCGUGACGUAGGCAGUUGCGACGCCCGGAGCUGAGCGCGUGGCUCGCCUACGUUGGCGGCGCGCGCGGGGCCCGGCCCCGGCAGUUGGUCCCCAGGCGGCGCCGAGCUCGCGCCAACUCCCUCCCUGCGCCUCCUACCAUGUUCCCUGCCGCCCCCGGCUCCCCGCGCACCCCGGGCGGACCGGCCCGCAGGACGCUCGCGGCCGCCGCCGUCUCCGUUCCCCGGCCGGGCGGCAGGAAGCCCCUGGCGGCGGCGGCCGGCUCCCCGGGGCUGUUCUCCCCGGUGGGGAGGAGGAGCGGCUCCCUGUCGGCGCGAGCAACACCCACAAGGGUCAUACAACAUCCUUCAGCCAGUGAGACUAUCAACUAUGAUGUUAAGAGUUUUGGAUCCUCUCUCCCUGUUAAGGUUAUGGAGGCCCUAAGAAUGGCUGAUGCUGAUGACCUGUUAAGUGUGCAGGUGGAUGAAAGUGGAUGGGCCUGGCUAGUCUACAAAGAGAGGCUGAUCAUUUGGAAGAUUGGUCAAUCACCAGUUGCUAAGUUAUCUGUAUGCAAGGUACUACAGUUGCCAUCCAGUGAUUUCCAAUGGAGUUCUAGCUUAGCAGCUAUAUCCUGCCUCAGUACUUCAAGUGAAGUACCUUCUCUACAGUCUCUGUCAGCGAUGGUUGCCACCAGCGAAGGGUUUGUACGUUAUUGGCCCAGCCUUCUGCAUGAAGGUUCCUAUACGGAGACUUUUACAGACUUUGGAGGCUCUCUCUGCAGUUUUCUAACAGCUGUUAAGGGAGGAAGUUUUGUUUUAUCAUCUUCAAGGGGCCAGCUAGUUCGAUUGAUACCAGACAGUUCUGGUAAGAUCCAUCAGCAUGUCCUGCCACAGGGACAGGGCAUGUUUUCUGGAAUUGGCCGAAGAGUCUCCUCUCUCUUGGGGAUUUUGUCUCCCAGUAAUGAUGCUGCGCUUUCUAGUGUUCUUUGGGACAAAGAGAGAGCAAGCUUUUAUGCACUGACGAGUUCAAAUCUAAACAAAUGGGAGAUAGACGAUUCUACUGAACGUCAAGUUCUCAGCUGGGAUAUCAACAGAAUCCUUAAAGAACACAUCACAGAUGCAAUUUGGGGCUCUGAAAGUAACUAUGAAGAUAUUAAAGGAGGAGUCAAUGUUCAGUAUUUGGAUUUGCAACAAAACCGUGAUGGACUGGUAAUUUUGGCUGCAGCAUGGCAUCUUGGAGACAGUCCAUGUCUCACCUAUUACACUCUAAUAACAGUGGAGGAUAAAGGUUACCACAUGUCUGAUGAUGUUGUUGUGGAGGUCACCCAAUAUAAUCCACCUUUUCAGUCUGAAGAACUGAUAUGCUGUUUCGUGGUCCCAGACUUCUUUAACCAUGCUGCCUACCUGUACACUGAAGAUGAGGUCUUUGCUUGUUCAACUGGAACUGGAAGAAUUUCUUUACCACAGGAGAAAAUUAUAUUUGGUGCACAAGGAGAUAGCAUUUUAGGAGCGGGUUGCUACAACGGAGUUCCCAUUUUUUUCACCAGAAAAAGUGGGCUUGUGGCCAUCUUUUCUAGGGAAAAUGUGUCUGUGCUUCCUGAAGACCUUGAGGAUUCCCUGUCGUCUUCUGUAGCUGGACCAAACAAUGAGGGUUCUGCAUUUGAUGCUACCAGUAGAAUGGAGAUUAUAGCACAAGAAGAUAAAACUAAAUUACUGAAAGCUGCUUUUCUACAGUACUGCAGAAAAGAUAUAAUCAGUGCACAGAGCAUGGUUGCUGAGCUCUUUCCACCAAAUGCAGACCUGGAUUCUGAUACUGAACUAGAUAGAGCUGUAAUUCAGAUCAGUGUAGACUUAGUGGAUGACUACCCUGCAUCUGACCCACGAUGGGCUGAAUCUGUACCAGAGGAAGCAGCUGGUUUCAGCAAUACAUCCCUUAUUCUCCUUCAUCAGUUGGAGGAUAAGACGAAAGCCCAUUCCUUCUUCAUUGACUUUCUUCAUCAGGUUGGCUUAUUUGAACGUCUGGGCAGUUUUCCAGUAAGAGGGAUGCCAAUGACAACUCGAUCGUUGCUCUGUGAACAUGCAGAAAAGUUAUCAGCAGCCAUUGUUCUCAAGAGCCACCACUCCAGACUGCCAGACUUGGUGAACACUGCUAUAUUGAUUGCCUUAAACAAAAGGGAAUGUGAUAUUCCACAAAGUCUUACCCCUGCAGAUGUUUUCUUUAGAGAGGUAUCCCAGAUAGAUACGAUCUUUGAGUGCUUAUUAGACCACGAGGAGCAAAUCUUGAAAGAUACGCCAAUUGAAUCCAUUGAAUGGGCCCAGAUAGUUGUCGAUGUGAAUAACAUCAUAAAGGAUAUGCUACAAGCUGCCAGCCAAUAUCGCCAGUCUAGAGCCUCUUUAUAUAAAACAGGAGAACUCCCGGAAAGAGAACCUGAAUAUGUUCCAUGGACAGCAUCUAAUGGUCCAGCUGGCAUACGAACAGCAAUAGUACGUCAGCAUGGAAUUAUUCUGAAGGUUGUUUAUCCUCAAGUGGACAGUAACCUCCGUAGCAUUGUGGCUGAACAGUUGGUGGCUCUGCUAGAUUGUUUUCUAGAUGGCUUUGUUUCUCAGCUUAAAUCUGUGGACCGGCCUGCUGAUCAAGAUAGAUACAAUAAUCUGGAAAUGGAAUAUGUUCAGAAAAGAUCGGAACUUUUGUCUCCUCUUCUUUCCCUAGGACAGUACCAGCUGGCAGCUGCUUUAGCGGAGAAGUAUUGUGACUUCGAUAUCUUGGUACAAAUGUGUGAGCAGACUGAUAAUCAGGCCAGACUACAACGUUAUAUGACGCAGUUUGCAGAUCAGAAUUUUUCAGAUUUCCUGUUUCGUUGGUACUUAGAAAAAGGAAAGCGAGGAAAGCUGUUAUCUCAGCCUAUUGCUCAGCAUGGGCAGCUGGCCAGUUUCUUGCAAGCUCAUGAGCAUCUCAGCUGGUUACAUGAAAUCAAUAGUCAAGAUUUUGAAAAGGCUCACAGAACAUUGCAGGCUUUGGCAAAUGUGGAGGCCAGAUACUUUGCAAAAAAGAAAAGUCUUCUUGGCUUGAGUAAACUAGCUGCAUUGGCAUCUGACUUUUCAGAGGAUUUACUGCAAGAAAAAAUAGAAGAAAUAUCGGAACAGGAGCGUUUUCUGUUGCAUCAGGAGACCUUACCUGAACAACUGCUGGCUGAUAAACAGUUGAACCUCAGUGUCAUGCCUGUAUUGACUGCACCUCAGCUUAUCGAUCUGUAUGUAUGUGAUGAGAACAGAAGAGCUAAUGAGUAUGACUUCAAGAAAGCGCUGGACCUGCUGGAAUAUAUUGAUGAGGAGGAGGAAGUGGAUGUAAAUGAUCUUAAGCUUAAAAUUCUCUGUAAAGCUCUCCAAAGAGACAGUUGGUCCAGUUCAGAAGGUAAAGAUGAUCCAAUUGAAGCAUCUAAAGACAGUAUAUUUGUGAAAAUAUUACAAAAGCUAUUGAAAGAAGGAGUUCAGCUCACUGAAUAUUUACCGGAGGUGAAGGACUUGCUGCAAGCAGAUGAACUUGGCAACUUGAGAUCGAAUCCUUAUUUUGAAUUUGUGCUAAAGGCAAACUAUGAACACUAUGUUCAAGGACAAGUGUGAUGACUUAACAUUUUUGAAAGUAGAAAUUUCUAAAGAACUGAGUUAAAGCAGUAUAUACUACUUUACAUUCUGUACGUACUUCAUUAAACCUUUGUAAUAAAGUUUAUACAGUAAUGUG